ACCAGCUUGAGGUAUGCUAUCUUGUCCAGGUGGUAUGUGACUGGCAUGGCUGAGGUGAUUUCUCCGUCUGGUCCUCCAUGUCCAUGUCCAGUCCAUGUCCAGGAUUUGCACUUGGCCUUUGGACCUGGCCCUGCAAAAGCUACUGCGAUAGGGCAACGGGCGACACCCUGACAUUCAACCCAUAAGGCCUGCUUUCACGUCCAACUGUGUUCUAGUCGACACAGCCCGCGACACACCUGAUCUUCGUCACAGUCAUCGUGGGGGCGAAGUGUGAAGUCAGCGCGAAUUUCGUUUCAUCGAGGCCUCUGUGAAUCCGUACCGCGAACCUCAUGGUAAAAGAAGGGAUGACUGACCUCACGGACCCGACGGCGACGCCGUCUCGGCAGAGUUCGGCGGCAACGGACGCUAUCGAUAGAAUGUCCUCAAUAGCAACAUCCGGAAGCAUAGUGGGCGACAGCACAAGCCAAGACGUAAACGGCUUUUUUCCCGCCAGUCCAGCUCCUCUAACGCCCCAAAUGUCCACUCUCUCGGGCGACACGAAGCAGAGCUUGACGCAACCUAUGUCCCAGCGCGCCGAGCCGGAAAGCGUCGAGACGGAGGAGGAUAAUAGGGUCUGGGCUGUCUUGCAGACAUUGAACCCGGAUGACCACCCGACCGUCAAACUGCGUCGCAAGUCUGCAUCGGACGCGAAGAGCCAGGAAGGCGGUAGAUCUGCCAACGCGGCAACGGGAUAUGUGAUCGGGAGGCAUAGGGAGUGCGAUGUUCGUGUGGCGAACCCGGUCGUGUCCAAUCGUCACUGCGUCAUUUUCCAAGAAACCGUAUGGAAUGACGACAAGAACUGGAAUGAGGAAGUUACCUUCAUAGAAGACCUCAGCUCGAACGGAACGUGGGUCAAUGACAAAAAGUUGCAGAAGGGUCGGCAACAUCGGUUGCAUACUGGCGACAAGAUUCAGUUUGCACAUGAAAAAUUCUACAGUUUACACUUGCCAAAGCCUUCGAACGCCAACUCUGGGGGGAUCCAUAAGAAAUACCAUUUUGGGAAGGAGCUCGGAACCGGAAACUUCGCCACGGUGAAGCUCGCCACCGACCGAGAGACAGGCGAAAAGGUCGCCAUCAAAUGUAUCGCAAAGAGCCUGAUCCAGUUCAAGCCAAAGUUUCUCGAGAACUUGAAACAGGAGAUUUCCAUUCUGAUGGGACUUGAUCAUCCGAAUGUCAUCUCCAUUCUGGGCGCCUUUUGGGAAGAGGAGUUUGUUUAUAUUGUGCUCGAGCUCGUACGAGGAGGAGAACUCUUCGACGCCAUCAUUGCACGACAAAAGUUCUCCGAGGACAUGACGAGGGAGAUGAUGCGACAACUUUUCGAAGCCCUAAAAUAUCUCCACGAGCGCGACAUCUCCCACCGCGACCUCAAGCCCGAAAACAUCCUCCUCGCGGACCCCUUCACCGAGUCCACCGAGCACAUUACCAUAAAAAUCUCCGAUUUCGGCCUCGCGAAACUCGCCAGCGAGACCUCCUUCAUGGGCACGCUGUGCGGGACCCCGAAUUACGUGGCGCCCGAGGUGCUGGAUAUGAGGAAGAACGGGCGGAAGUACACCAAGGCGGUGGAUUUGUGGAGUUGUGGGGUUGUAUUGUACAUAUGUUUGUGUGGAUUCCCACCGUUCAGCGAAGAGCUCGCCCCACCUCCCAUGGCCGAUCAAAUCCGACAAGGCAAAUACGAGUUCCGGAGUCCGUGGUGGGAUAAAAUCUCCCGUGAUGCAAUCGACCUUAUAAAAGGCCUUCUAACAGUCGACCCCAGCAAGCGCCUCACCGUCCACCAAGCCCUCGAUCACCCGUGGAUCCGUAACCACGCGCCGCCGUUGUCUCCCGUGUCGAGACCGAGUUUUAGGCGCGGGGAUACGGUCGUCACGCCGAAUCGGAAGCGGAAGGCGGUGAAGGAGGAGGAGGAUGUUAUGGCGGGUGAGAAGCGGCCGAGGACUAGGAGUGUGAAGGACGAGAAGGAGGAGGAGGUGAAAGUGGAGGUGAAGAGGGACGAGGAUGCGAAAAGGGCAGAAGUGAAAGAAGAGACAGUUGUGAAACGUGAAAACAACGCAGCCGGAAAGCCCGCCGACCUCCACUCCUCGCCCAGCGGGCCACUAGUCGGCACGUCGCAGGACACCGUCCCGUCCCCGCGCACCAAAUUGGAACCCCCCACCUCCCCCUCCUCCUCGUCCCCUGAGAACGUCAAACCACACCCGCAAACAACCCCACCAAAACGCACCACCCGCGCAACAACAAACCACCACCCCACCACCAACCGCCCCAAAACCCCCGACCUCGACCUCGCAUACACCCCCACACGCCGCAGCGCACGACAAGCCUCCAGAAAAGAUCCCGAACACGAGGACACCGCUUCGGCGGCCAACACACCUUCACGUCGGCGAUCGAGCGCCGCCACCAAGUCGAGGGAAAAGACGCCGGAGAUCGGGGUCAACCGGAAAGUGGCCACGACGCCUAGACGGACGAGUGGGGCGGCGGCUGCGGAUAGUGCGAGGAAGAAGACGGAGGAGAAGGGGAGGAGGAGGGAACGUACGCCCGAGAUGAAUGAAGGGAAUGAGGCGACGGUGUUGACGAGGAGUGGGAGGAAGGUUAAGAAGCCGAGGCCGGAUCCUGUGUGAAAGUCGGGAAUCUAUGAGCCGUUGGUUGGACGUGUGUUCGUUGGCGUUGCAUAGAGAUGAGAGUUCUUUUUUUUUUUAGCAUCUCUUUGUGAUUGUUUAUACCCCCUCAUUAUAUACGAGUUUCAUCUUCGAGUCUGGCUUUUUGUUGGUGUGGUUCCUGAGCAUAGGAUACGCAAACGGCAAGCAAUAGAUGGCAAA